UGUGAUGGUCUCACUAUAAGAUUUAGCAGAAACAAAAAUACAUACCUCAAAUGCUUCACCCUACCUUGUACUGUACGUAACCUUUUUAUCCUUUAAUUUCCCUACCCUUCUCUCUUAAAUUUAUAUGCAAAACUUCAUAUUAUCUACUAAAGAUUUAAUUUCCAUGGAGCUCAAGUUCUUGUUUCUGCUAUUUCUCCUCUUAGCUUUGCCUUACAUUUCAAGAGGUACAAAUGAUGAAGUGGUAGAUUCAGAUAUAUAUGAUAUCGAUUAUAGAGGACCUGAAACUCACUCUUCAGCUAUGCCUCCGCCUCAUCGCCAUGGAAGACCUUUUGUUAAUCAACAAAAUGUCGUUUCAUCUCAAAGAUCGUCAUCUACAAGAUAUGGAGAAAAUGAUAAUAAAAUAAUUCACGGAUGAAUGUGUUAAUUUGGGGACUGAUGAUGAUACGUUGUUUUUUUCCCUUAAGUCAUCACAGUUUUUAUUAACUAGUUUCCACUUAUUAAUUUUUAUUAUUAGAAGUCAAAAUUAAUAUUGAUAGAUGGCAAUAAUAUAUAUAUGUAGAUGUUUCUCUUUUCAUUGUAGAUGUUGUUUAAGAUCGUGUGAUGUUUUCUUUUCUUCUAUUUGGAGUUUUAAUUGUAAUUAUGUUUCUUAAAUAUUACUCAAUCGAGACAGGCUUGUGAAA